GACGCUGCGGGAAGAUGGACGGCAAUCGGGACGAGGCGGCGCGCUGCGUGGACAUCGCCGAGCGCUCGCUGCGCGCGGGAGAGCGCGACAAGGCGCUCAAGUUCCUGCAAAAGGCCGAGAAGCUCUUCCCCACCGACAAGGCCAAAGCCCUGAUCGACGUAAUCUCUCGCAACGGGAGCAGCGCGGGACAGAACGGGCAGGCCGAUGCGCCGGGCUCACCGCAAAUGCGCCGUCGAUCAGAAGCGGGCGACGCUAAGGGGCCCGCCGGCUCCACCGAGACGGCCAAGAGCUACACUCAGGAGCAGGUGGAGGCAGUGAAGAGGAUAAAGCGCUGCAAGGAUUACUACGAGAUCCUGGGUGUGGCCAAAGAUGCGCAGGAGGAGGAGCUGAAGAAGUCUUACCGCAAGCUGGCACUCAAGUUCCACCCAGACAAGAACCAUGCUCCCGGCGCCACCGAGGCCUUCAAGGGCAUAGGAAACGCGUACGCGGUGCUGAGUAACCCCGAGAAGCGGCGGCGCUACGACCAGUACGGUGACGAGCAGGCGGCGGCGCCACGGGGCCGGCGCUCGGCGCACGAGCACUCCCGCGAUUUUGAGGCCGACAUCUCCCCCGAGGACCUCUUCAACAUGUUCUUUGGGGGCGGCUUCCCCAGCUCCAAUGUGCAUGUGUACAGCAACGGGCAGGCGCGCUACACAUACCACCAGCAGCGCAACACUCGGCCAGACCACCAGCACGGCGAUCAGGGUGGGUUCACGAUGUUCGUACAGCUGCUGCCCAUCUUUAUCCUGGUGAUCGUAUCCAUCAUCAGCCAGCUCAUGGUGUCCAACCCGCCCUACAGCCUCAGCUACCGGCCGGGCCUGGGCCACACGAUUGCGCGGCACACCAUGCAGCUGGGCGUGCCCUACUACGUAGACAAGGACUUUGAGCGAGACUACAAGGGGCAGGGCCUGGAGCGUGUGGAGCGCAGCGUGGAGGACGACUACGUCGCCAACCUUCGCAACAACUGCUGGAAGGAGCGACAACAGAAGGAGAACAUGAUCUACAGGGCGCGCUACUUCGGAGACAGCACGCUCUACCACAAGGCGCAGAACAUGGCGACGCCCAGCUGCGCGCGGCUCAACGAGCUGCAGGCCCGCGCCGGAUAGUGGCCCGGCGGGCACGCCGCACUCACCCGCUCGCGCACACCGGAACCGGAAGCGCGCGUGGGAGGACACUGGGCAUGGGGAAGGUGGUGGGAUGCAGAUAGGGAGGGGAGGGGGAGGUGCCCCGUGUGUGCCCCCUUCUGCCUCCCCGUGUGCGAGAAGCUGCGGGGACACCGUGGUCGUUCGUGUCUGGGAGGAGGAAGAGAAGGAGGAGGAAGAGGAGGAGAGAGUCCUGCGCUGUGCCGAGUGAUCGGCCACUCGCCUCGCCCGCGCUCGGCUCCCCUCUCUUCACGACGCCACGAACACACCCGCCGUCCCUCUGACGCUGCUUCUCCUCUCCGUGUCAAUGCUGCUGUUCCUGCUAUCACUUCAGCCAUCGAUGCUGUCUCUCCCCCCUGAUUCUCCCACUUUCAGGGAUAUCACUCCUGCGCUCUGGCCCAGUCUCUCCGGCCCGUCGAUGAUAUCACCGAUGCUAUCACUACCACUGUUAAUGGUGUCUCCCGCUGCUCAUCCCGAUUAUCAGUCCCAUCACUGCUGUGCUCCCUCCCACUGUCUCUCCUUCUCUGUCACUACCGCUCUCUCCCACUGUCGAUAUCACUGCUGCGCUCUGCCAGUCUCUCCCGCUGUCGAUGAUAUCACCGCUGCUAUCACUUCUGCUGCCUCCCACUGCUUCUCCACUCUCCGUGCAGUCCCCACUACUAUCUCUCAACGCCGUCUCCUGCAGCCUGGCGCUGCAGUGUGCAGGAGCAGUGUCUCUGUCUCGACGCGUUCAUCUCAACGCUGCCCCGUGUGUCUGGUGUCUCGAGAUCGGCCAUUUUAUCACUCCCUCCCUCACCCGCUCGUGCCUGUCCUUCAGUCGACUCAAACGUUGGGGCCGAUUUGAUUGUAGAUCUUGGUCGCCUCUAUACGCACCCGCGGCUCAGCAGGAGAAACGUCAAACCACAUUCCCGCAAGAGACACGAGCCCAGCGCUGCGACACCGGCCGCUCGUGAUCGCGACCGUGGCCGAGGUCCGCAACCGCAUGUCACCCGCGACCUCCGCACCGGUGCCCCCCCGUCGUCGUCUCCAUGCCGGCUGUGGCAGGGUUCUCGUGGCCCUCCGCUGCAGCCCGUCGUCGUGGCCCCGGCGCGCGCUGUCUCGGACUCACGCGACAUUGCACCACGACGAUCCCACGCACAACUGCGGUCUCUGUGCUGCUCCCCACCCACACCCACCCCUCCCCUCCCUCCCGCCUCUGCACACUCCUUGCUGCAUGAUACCUCCGCUCAGCCGCUGCCCCCAUCCACACCUCUCCCCACUACCACCACCUCCUCUCCCCACAACCCCCCCACCCCCUUGCUCCCGUGCAGCGCGAGAGCCGUGCCGCAACUUGCAUGGUGCCCUGUGGCUGCGUGGCCGGCCACCCCGUAGAGAAUCCAGUCCGGGUUUUUGUUUGGCUACGGUCCUGCAUCGUCUCCGAGCCGUCUCUGGACGGUGUCCGAAGAAUGGGCGGCACGGAGAUGUCUCGGUGUGUCGGUGCCUCGUGCGGCUGGCGGAGCCCAACCAAGCUCGGCCCGGCGUGCACAUUAAUCCAUAACAAACGCCUAUUUAUAUUUAAGCUCGAAACAAGUUACCGUUCUGUAUAGUCUGACGGAGGGUAGUCUCUGGAAGGAAAACAAUUUUUGCGUGAUUUGUAGGACUUUAAAAAUACUGGAAAAUAUUUGUGUUGAAAUAUUAUUGUACAAUACCAUAACUGUGGAUAGGUGUACACAAGUUUAUUGCGAAUGCGUGUGUGUUUAGUUCCCAGUCGUAUCCGAGUGGCGCCUUCGUCACUUUAAUCAAGACUCACGUGUUGCGUCUGUUAACGUCUAAUGCGUUUUAAUUGUACCUUCUGAAGCAGCGUAAUUUUACGGUUGUGGCUUUACCCGGGGGCGGCACACGACCCGGGUAGAGGAUGGAACUGAUGAGUGAAGCCGAGAUCGCCGACGCAGAGAAGUGAACACGACGUCAGCAAGGCACCCGGUGAAGCAACGGGGGUGAGGCUAGGGUCAGGACUAGGGUUGGUGUCUGGUCGGCUAAUUUGAUUCGGGUUCAAGUCAGGCUCAUUGUGAGGCCUUGUACGAGUGCCUGGUUGGAUAGUUGGUGAGGGUUAUCGCGAGAGUUGGCGUGAAUUGAAGGCCGGGUGCUAGUGUUUGGUUGGUUAGGAGAAGGGGUAAUGCUCGUGUUGUGUCUGGGAAUUGGUUAGGGGUAGAGUUAAGGUGAGCCAGAGGUUGAAUACUAUUGCCUGGUUGGCUAGAUGGCUAGGUUCAGAGGUAGGGCUAGUACUAGUGUCUGGUUGGUUAAGGCGAGCAUGUCUUUAAUUAGCUGGUGAGCCUCACCCCCAAGCUGUUGGCCCAUCCUUCCCAUCGUUCAUUUCGAUUCGAUAAGUUCUGUGGCUGGAUUCCAUUGGCGGCGGCCCGCCAUUGCGUCCGAAUCAUCGACGGUGCCCCUCUCUCGUUCGCUCGCCGUAGACGGAACCCCCCUUACUCCGCACUCCUUGCGUUCCCGCAAGCGCUUCUCUGUACUACGAGUUCCGGCGGUGGUUGGGGGGGGGGACCCGACUCGCACCAACCACGUGGUAAACCUCGCCAUCCCCUGGCUCUGAGCGACGACCCCCCCUCCUCCCCAACUCAAACAACGACCCGUCCGCUACCCCCUUCUCACCGCGCUCACCACUCGUAACGUAAUGGCAUAUACAUAUAUAUACUGUAUAUUACGUGAAUGUAGAGAGACUUAAGUUAUAAUGUGAAAGCUCUAAUGUUGGGGGGGGUGGGAGGGGGUGUUGCAAUGAGAGAGUCUGUGCGGGCUGGCGGGACCGCGGUGCGAUGGGGCUGGGAAAGAGGCGAACACCUUUGGACGACGAUGAGGAUUUUGUAAAAAAUGUAUGGUUCGGCACUGCCUGCAAAAUAAAUUAAGAAUAAACGUUU